ACUUGACUCACUGCUGGCCAAGCGGUUUCAGUCCCUCUUUUGAUUUAUCUGUGAGACUAGAACGGCGGUAUCAUUUUAAUCGAAGGCAUUGCUCUUUUUUCACCCAUCUAACCGCUCAUUUUCCCGCUCAAUCGACCAUGUCGCAUACACUAUCCCAAAAGUAUCUCAGUACGCGGGGUGGUUCCUACGGACUCACAUUCGAGGAAGCCGUCCUGAAAGGUCUGGCCUCAGAUGGCGGCCUUUUCAUCCCCGAGGAAAUCCCUUCCCUCCCCGCGGGAUGGGAGACUGAGUGGCGCGAUCUGAGCUUCGAGGAACUCGCAUUCAAGAUUAUGUCCCUGUAUGUCUCGCCGUCCGAGAUACCCGCCGAAGACCUCAAGGAGAUUAUCAACCGCUCGUACUCGACCUUCCGCCACCCCGAACGUACCCCCGUGGUCGAACUUGACCCGAAACAGAACCUGUACCUUCUAGAGCUAUUUCACGGCCCUACAUUCGCUUUCAAGGAUGUUGCGCUUCAAUUCCUUGGUAAUCUUUUUGAGUACUUCCUUGUGCGUAAGAACAAGGGCAAGGACGGCAAGGACAGGCACCACCUUACUAUCGUCGGAGCAACCUCAGGUGACACAGGAAGUGCAGCAAUCUACGGUGUUCGGGGCAAGAAGGAUGUCUCUGUUUUCAUGAUGUUCCCUACCGGAAAGGUGUCGCCUAUUCAACAAGCUCAGAUGACGACCGUGCUCGACCCUAAUGUUCACAACCUCACCGUCGAAGGUUCUUUCGAUGACUGCCAGGAUAUCGUCAAAGCCCUCUUCGCGGAUCCCGAUAUCAACUCCACACAUAACCUUGCUGCCGUCAACAGUAUCAACUGGUCACGCGUAAUGGCGCAAGCAACCUACUACUUCUACUCUUACUUUUCUCUUCUGAAGAAAACUGGCUCCGAUGGCUCGAAGGUUCGCUUUGUCGUACCAUCUGGCAACUUCGGCGACAUUCUCGCCGGUUGGUUCGCCAAGCAGAUGGGCCUCCCUGCAGAGAAACUUGUCAUUGCCACAAACGAGAACGAUAUUCUGGACCGUUUCUUCCGUUCUGGUGGUCAAUACACCAAGGGUGACACCCAGAGCAAUGGCGUCAAGGAGACACACAGCCCCGCUAUGGACAUCUUAGUUAGCAGUAACUUCGAGCGCCUGCUCUGGUUCCUAUCAUUCAGGGCAAUCACUUCUGGCUCUGUGGAAGAGCGGCGCAGGCAAGCUUCCGAAAAUGUCAGCCAAUGGCUCACCCAGCUGAAGACUGAUGGUGGUUUCACUGUCCCCCCAGCCGUUGUCGAGGGCGCGAAGGCCGAGUUCGAGAGCGAGCGCGUGAGCAACGACGAAACUAUUUCCCAAAUCCGGACAACCUAUAACUCUUCUUUCCCACCAAACCUUACUCCAGGCAGCGCCACCUCCUCCAAGACGGGGGGUUACAUUCUCGACCCUCACUCCGCUGUCGGCGUUGCCGCUUCAUUGCGCUCUAUCCAGCGCAACCCCAACACGAAACACAUCUCGCUCUCAACUGCCCACCCCGCAAAGUUCGCUAGUGCUGUUGACCUAGCUCUUCGCGCAGAGGAUGGAUAUGAUUUCACAGAAGUCCUGCCCCAGGAAUUCAUUGGCCUUGAGCAGCGUGAGAGCAGAGUCACGCCUGUCCGUGCUGGGGCCGGGUGGCAAGGUGUGCGCGAGAUUGUCAAGGCUGAGGUUGAGCAGGAACUUGAGGGACGGCGCUAGAUUUCAAGUACAUAUAAAUUUUACAUAGAGACUACGCAUAUCUUCCUUGCCCUUUCAUUAUAUCAGGCAAAAACUGGCUUACGUUGAUGAUGUGAACUCCAUUUUCCUCUUAGCAUAGGACUGUGUUUGUGAGAUGACGGAUCCUAAAUUAUAUGAAAGAAAUCCAUGCUUUCUGCGUUGCUCAAAUGCAUGAAGCUGUCAAGCCGUGUUCCAUACGAUAGAUCAAUAUCUUUUUUAAGUGAAAAUGCAAGUCUUUUUAUUAUUAAAACUAUUAUAACCACCAACCACCU